AGGCUUGGGAGCCAGAGGCUCAGAGAAAUCUGACCGCAUCUUUGCCUAGCAGAAGCUACUGUGCUCAAAAUAGAAACCAGCACUCCUGCUGCUGCCUUCCUCUCCUCGCUGCGAAUCCCACAGUUAAACACGAUGUGCAAAGGACUUGCAGGUCUGCCGGCUUCCUGCCUGAGGAGUGCAAAGGAUAUGAAACACAGGCUGGGGUUCUUGCUGCAGAAGUCUGAUUCCUGUGAGCACAGCUCUUCGCACAGCAAGAAGGACAAAGUAGUUACUUGCCAGAGGGUGAGCCAAGAAGAAGUCAAAAAGUGGGCUGAGUCACUGGAAAACCUGAUCAAACAUGAAUGUGGGCUGGCAGCUUUCAAAGCUUUCCUGAAGUCAGAAUACAGUGAGGAGAAUAUUGACUUCUGGAUCAGCUGUGAGGAGUACAAGAAAAUCAAGUCACCUUCUAAACUAAGUCCCAAGGCCAAGAAGAUCUACAAUGAAUUCAUUUCAGUGCAAGCAACAAAAGAGGUGAACCUAGAUUCUUGCACAAGGGAGGAGACGAGCCGCAACAUGUUAGAGCCCACGAUAACUUGUUUUGAUGAAGCCCAGAAGAAGAUUUUCAACCUGAUGGAAAAGGAUUCAUACCGCCGCUUCCUCAAGUCUCGAUUCUAUCUCGACUUGACCAGUCCUUCUAGCUGCGGGUCAGAGAAGCAGAAAGCAGCCAAGAGUUCUGCAGACUGUGCCUCCCUAUUCCACCAGUGUGCCUAAUUCUCACAUGGAGGCAGAGAGCAGAAAUGCCAAGACUCUAUGCGCUGGAAAACCUGAGGCCAAAUAUUGAUCUGUAUUAAGCACCAAUGCUUUCUCCACGUUUGUAGCCUAGUGUCCAUGCUGCCUGCUGUGUGCAAGUCACUCCCAUGUAAAACUAGACUUAGUUGUGGUGUUGGGGUUUUCAUUGGGGUAUGACCCAAUUCAUUCCAAAUGUUCCCAAGUUUCCUUAAGGGUAUCAUGUGAGCAAGUCUCCAAGUAAUAGCCCUGUAGAUCUGGAUUUUUCAAAGAUUGCUGGCAGUCCUCCCCUCCCAGCAGUUUGACCUCAAGUUAGUUGGUUGGUCCACUUCAUGUGACAACACAUGCACAUGCAAUGUCAGCCAGCAGCACUUCCUACAGAGAUUGGUGUGUGUGUAUAUAUGUAUAUACUAAAUAUAUAUAAUAUAUGCAUAUAUGUUUUGUAUAUAUUGUACCUGUGUAUCCAAAUGUAUGUGAAUGUACAUAUGUAUACAUUCACACAUGCACACACAUUUCUACAAGAGUAGAUGGGAAAGACCCUAGGUGCUCAAAUUGGAGUAUGUAUGCAUGCUUCCAUGCAUGUUCUGAUCUCUGGUCCUUCACACUCUGUUUGAACAGGGCAAACUAACUUAACUGCCAUGCAGGCUAAGAAAGGAACACUGACUUGUGGAAAACAAGUUCUGUAAAAUCAUUGAUUCUUGAUGGAGAAUAACCAGGCUUCAUGUUUAAGCACUGAUGACAGCCUCCACAUUGAGCACUAAAGUAAGGGGUGAAUACUCUGGAAAUUCUGCUGGCUGGCACAGAACUGCCUUGUAUCAAUUAUCACGACUGGCACUUUUAAGUCCCUAUGCUGAUGGCCUUCCUCCUUUGCCUAGGUGCUCAGGGCAUGCCGAUCAGCUAGAUUGGUCUGGAGUUGGGAGAUGGGAUAUUUGAGUUGAAUGAAGGAAAGCAGUCCAGGCUUUGCCAACAAGCCCUCUUGUGGGCCACAGGCUAUGUGAAGGCAUAGGACCUAAAGAUUGUCCUAUUUCUUUCCUCUCUUGAUAAGGUGCUUGCCUAUUCCCACCCCCUGAGAGUGUCAACUGUCAGAUGAGCUUCCUUAGUUCACUGUGGUUGGUGGUUCACUUUCAGAACCAUGGCCUGGCUUGAAGCUACAUGCCUACAUUAGCAAAGCUUCGUCUCAGGAAAGGUUUUGUUUUUUAAAGAGGAAGGAAGUUCUCCCAAACUGAAAAGCCCUCCUUGCUUUUCUGCUUUGAGGUAAGAGCUUGUUCAUCCUACCCCAAACAUGGAGACUAGCAGAGACCAACAAAGGGAAAAAAGAAAGAAAAAGAAAGGGAGAAGAGAGGAUAGGAUAUCAGUUGGCAGGACUACAGUUUGGAACUUUUCAAGGCACAUGAAAUACUUGAAAACUUCUCAUUUGUGUUAUUUGUGAUGUUGUUUUGUAUAAUGUUUAUAUUAUUGUGUUGUUUUAUAAAUGGAGGUACAGGAUAUUACCUGACCUACUGAUGAAUUUCCAGAAAGUAAUUUUCUUCUCAUUCUUCUAAACUACCACUUUUGAGAGCACACACAUACUCAUGCAUACAUGGUACCCAUUGCUCUAGUCUAUAUCAAAUGCAUGAGAACCACCAUGGCUACUAAGCCAAUGUACUGGGCUGCAAUAUGAAGACACUGGAGUAGUGUGUAUCCAAGUCUCAUUGUAUUGAGGAAAUUGGUUUUCUAACUGUACCCUUCUUAUAUCUCUGAAAGUCUUGCGUGUAAUGUCCUCAGAGCUCCCCUUCAGUGUUCUCCAUACCAUCUUUGUGAUCUUGUUUGUACAACUCUUUGGUCUUGUCCCAAUAUUCUCAUAUCUUUGAGUUUGUACCUGUACUCACAGACUGCUGUCUCACAAAUAGGUCUGGAAAGUCAUUCUGAAUGAGAAGUAAAUUAUUUUAUGUAAAUACAUUUUGAGUGUGUUUUCAAUUGUAUUUCCAUCGCUCUUUGAUAUGGUGAGCCUGCCUGCUGCUGGUCCAUGCAGAGACUACUCCUUCCAUAUGCAUGCCUGUUUCUAUGUGCUUUAUGGGCCUCAAUGCUGAUGCUUCCAAUGAAGAUCACAUAUCUUGAUAAGAAGAGUAAAUAAAUGCUUCCUACAAAACUA